CGGCUUCGCUCGAACUUGAAAGGAAUUGAGUCAUGUUGAAUUGGUUAAAAAGCAACGACUAACGUUUUUUAUUUUAUUUUUUUUAGCAAGUAGCUAGCAGCAAAUUCAAACCCGAUUAUAUUCGAGUAAUAUUUCGGUAGUCACUCUAAACUUAAAAGAUGUUCCCUAAGCCGAAACCGAGCUACGUCUUUCUUCUUCAAAAUGGAAUCGCGGAUCAUGGACUACACAGAGAUCCCUCGCCUCUGUUCUCCGUGGGCGCCUCGGUAGACUCCGCUAACGGCCACGUAUCGUCCUGUAACUCCGUGAACCGGCCGAAGGACCUGGGAAUGGCUACGUUGAACGGAUAUCCCGAGAAACGCUACCAGGAGCUCGGCCACGGCUCGUUACCGAGCACCCCGGCGGAGCUGCGCGGCGAGGCCGACGUGCCCAGCGGUGCUGGGUAUGAGCUGCUGGAGACCGAGACGAGGCAACUUAUCGGCAGGUUUUUAAGAGAGUUUACUGGACUAUCUAAAGCUCAGUGGUCCGAGAGCAAGGAGCUAUCGACGAUGAAGAGGGUGGUGAACGACCUCCUGGCGAAGCACCGAUUCUCAUUCAACGGUAUGAUCAAGAAGCUGGAUUUGGACAACAAAAGAGACAUGAUGUUCGUAUCGGAAGUAGCCUGCAGCCUUUUUGCAGAGGGCACCACCAACUGGGGUCGUAUCGCCAGCCUGGUGGCCUUUGGAGCAGCGGUGUCCCAGUACCUGAAUGAGAGGGGGAGGGAGAGCUGCGUGGAGCUGGUGGGCCAGGAGAUCUCCACAUACCUGCUGUCUGACCAGAGAGACUGGCUGCUCAAAAACAACUCUUGGACUGGCUUUGUGGAGUUCUUUCGGGAGCCAAAUCCUGAAACCGCAGUCAGGAACGCAUUAAUAGCUGUAGCUGGGUUUGCUGGGGUUGGAGCAACUCUUGCCUUGUUGAUAAGGUGAAUCUGAUGGACUCUGAGAUGAGGAUGCUUCUCCUUUUUUUUUUUUUUACCACCUUUUUGUUUGGAUGGAAGAAUUAUUAAAAGACUCGAGGCUUGUCAGUGGCAAAUACUUUUUUUUUUUUUGUCCUCUUCCACACACUUGUAGAAACUGUACAUUUUUAGUCUUGUAACAUAACUAAGGCGUUUAUUUAAUUUAAAUACAUUUAUUUUUCUAAUUAAUGUAAAUAUGUGUCUAUGCAAAUUGCAAUGGUUAUGGGUAUCAGUUGACCUGAUGUUUCUUUUAUUUUACCACUGAUUGUUUACUCAACCUUGUAUAAUAUAGCAUAAAACAAGAAGGGUGAACUGUAUUUUCAGUGCUGUGCAGGCAUGAACCCCAUCUCCACACAGUCCAUCCUCGUGCCUCAACCCCUUUUUGUUCUAAUGUUUGAGACAAAGGCAGAAGUGCAUUGCAGGUAUAGUCUGUGCAAGGAAGACGAUUGUCUUGGGACUUUUCCUGGAUGAACCUUUUUUGAAAGGGGGAGAUGCAAAAUGACUGAGAAGAGCCCAAACUAGCUCAUCAACUAAGACUAUAAAGUUCAUUAAUGUGGGCAACAUUAAACAGUGGAUACAAAUGAAAGGUGCAGAAGAAUAAAGCAGUUUGAACUGA